UUUUUUUUUUUUUUAAAUUUAUUUUAUAUACAUAAAUCACAACUACAGACGUCAAGUCUAGCUUAUGUAUAUUCACGCCUACGAAAAGUGUUCAGCCGACUAUAUUUGCGAUCAAAUCUGGAAAUCCUCUGGUAGCUUCUAAACUUCUUCAAGACUACGAACCUAUUUAUAUUUCUCUCUAUUUUAUUCUUUCUUAUUCUUAUUCUUAAAAUAUGACUCUCUUCAAAACUCUUCAACAAACUACUCUUCAUGCUCAACCCAUCACUGCUGCUUUACGUCGUGGAUUCGCAACCAAUAUUGGAUCCAUACCUAAUGCUGCUGCUCUCAAAUUAAAAUCUGGUCAAGUUUUUACUGGUCAAUCUUUUGGUGCUCAACAAUCUACUUUUGGAGAAGCUGUAUUUACCACUUCUCUUGUUGGUUAUCCUGAAUCCAUGACUGAUCCUUCUUAUACUGGUCAAAUCCUUGUUUUUACUCAACCUCUUAUUGGCAAUUAUGGUGUUCCUGGUCAAGUACUCGAUCAAUAUGGUCUUUCCAAAUACUUUGAAUCUGAUAAAAUCCAAGUACAAGGUAUUGUUGUCAAUGAUUAUGCUACUCAAUAUUCCCAUUGGACUGCUGUGGAAUCUCUUGGUGAAUGGUGUAUUCGCCACAACGUACCUGCCAUUAGUGGUGUUGAUACUCGUUCUAUUACUCAACUCUUACGUGAUCAAGGUUCUACUUUGGCUCAAUUGGCUGUGGGUUCUGAUGCUACUAGUUCUAAUGUGACGUCCUUCCCUGACCCUAAUACUGACAAUCUCGUUGCUAAGGUAUCGACCAAAGUGCCUCUUCAUUAUAAUCCUCAAGGUGAUGUCAAGAUUGCUGUUAUUGAUUGUGGUGUCAAACAAAACAUUUUACGAUGUUUGACUGAACGUGGAGCUCAAGUCACUGUAUUGCCUUGGAACUAUGAUUUUAAUCAAGUCAAGGAUGAAUUCGAUGGAUUAUUUAUCUCUAAUGGACCUGGUAGCCCUGCCACUUGUACUGAAACCGUAAAGCAUUUACGUACUGCCAUUGAUCACUGGAACAAACCUAUCUUUGGUAUUUGUAUGGGUAAUCUACUUCUUGGUAUGGCUGCUGGUUUGGAUGUUUACAAAUUACCUUUUGGCAACCGUGGACACAAUCAACCUGCUCUUCAUGUAGAUACUGGACUCUGUUAUAUUACUUCUCAAAAUCACGGUUAUGCUCUUCAAGAUAAGGUGAUGCCUAAAGGUUGGAAGAAGAUGUUUGUCAAUGCCAAUGAUGGUUCCAACGAAGGUAUCCAACAUGAAUCUAAACCUAUUUUCUCUGUGCAAUUCCAUCCUGAAGCCAAAGGUGGACCUCAAGAUACUGAAUACUUAUUUGAUGACUUUUUGGGUCAUGUUCGUGCUAUGAAGUCUGCUACCUACCAUUCUGUUAUUGAUCAACAACAAGCUACCACUGCUGCCUUUGCCUGAUCGCAAAUAUAGUCGGACCCCCUUCUUUUUAUACAUAUCAUGAAUUCUUCUUCC